AAGAAAAUGACGGGUUAGAGAGGCAACAUAUUUCAUAAGUCAUUUUUGAUCACCACACCUGUAAAUUCAAUGAUCAUGGGGCAGAUGUGGCUUUACAUUCUUGCUUUCUGGGCAAUGCUUUUCAUGACCAUUUCAGGACAAGAUGACAAAGGUCGAUCAAAAGAGUGUGAGGAUGCUCCCUUUGUUCCAGGACACAAUCUUGCUGGAGAAGGAUUUGAUGUUGUAACAAUGGAGCGAAAAGGUUCUUAUUUGAUCAAUAUGGAAAAAUGGGAUUUAGGGAAUGGCACUUGUAAAUUGGCAAGAAAUGCUUACUUAAAUGGAAGAAAAGAAAAGCUACCAGUUGCAGUUGUAGACUGGAGGACCUUGCCAAAGUGUUCGAUGAAAGUCUCCAGUCAGAUCUUUGAAUCAAGUGAAGCAGUGGUCAAUGAGUCAUCAUCAGCACUUUCAGCCGGCUGGAAAGAUGGUUUAGAUGUGAUGGUUGCUGGAGCUGCAGUUGGAAGCACUCAUUCCAGAGAAGCAAAAUUUGCAAUGAGAAAAUCAAAAGAAGACAAAUACAGUUUCACCAAACAUGAAAUUACAUGCCACUUUUACAGGUAUCGUGUAGCUGCAAAGCCUCCUCUUCAUGCAGAGUUUCUUGAAGCAAUCAAAUCACUCCCUGCAUCUUACGAUCCAGACGCCUACCGCAACCUGAUCACCACAUAUGGCACUCACUAUACCACAAGUGUCACAUUAGGAGGGCAAAUGAAAGCCAUAACAGCCAUCAAAACCUGCCUGGCAGCAGUGAGUGGACUUACAGGCACUGCAGUGAAAGACUGUUUGGAUGUUGAAGCCUCUGGCUCAUACAAAGAAGCGACUUUGACAGCAGAGGCACAUUUUUGUGAAGAACUGAAGAAGAAGAUGCGCAAAAAUGAAAAAUUCAGCUCCAUGUUCAAUGAACGUCAGACAGAGAUUAUUGGAGGAAACAUAAAUGGAGAAGAUCUGCUUUUUUCUCGUUCAUCACACCCAAGUUCUCUUAAAAACUGGCUUGAGUCUUUGAAGAGUAUCCCUGAAGUUGUGCAUUACUCUCUGAAACCCCUCCAUUUCUUGCUGAGUACUAAACACCCUGCAAGGAAAGGACUGAAGAAAGCUGUUGAAGAAUACAUCAUUCAAAAUGCCCUCAUGAAGGUUUGCUCUGAGGCUUGCGAGAUUGGCAGGAAAAGUGCAAGAGACCGAUGUGCGUGUGUUUGUGAAAGUAGUCAAAUUAUAAUGUCCAACUGCUGUCCAACUGAAAUAGGACUUGCCACCCUGAAAGUCUACAAUCUUAAAGCCCAAGAUCUGUAUGGAGAUGUACAUACUGAAACAGAUGGCACUGUAAGUGUUGCAUAUGAAACACAAAUAAAGCGCACUGAGACCAUUAAUGAUAAUGACAAUCCACAAUGGCCAGAAACAUUUGAGUUUGGUCCUAUUAAGAUCACAAUGGCCAAUAAACUAACUUUUGAAGUAUAUGAUGCAGACAGUUACUGGAACAGCGAUCUCCUUGGUUCAUGCUCUUUUGAUCUCAGAAGUGGAGUUGUGCAUGAUGCUUGUGUUUUUGCACAUGGUACCUUUUUUUUCACCUAUGAAGUGAAAUGUGCACCCAGUCUGGAGGGCCAACAGUGUAAUAAAUACAAACCUUCUCCAAUGGCUUCCCAUCUGGCUGAUAUGUUCAGCUCAAGAAAUGGUGUUCUGGUUAAAGACCUGCCAAGGCUUAUUUCAGUAGAUCUCAGAUCCUGUAUGCUUUAAAAUAGCCAUAACUUUGCAAAGCUUCAAAAUGAUUGCAUGCAUUAAAAAAAUAAUAAUAAUGUAUCAGUUCAUUUUCUCUGUCAUUUUUUUC